UGGACACGACGUCUCUCCACCUUUCUGUCGCCUCUCUCGUUCUCUCUUGCACGCCAAGUUGGAGGUGCAAGUCAUUUCUACUCCAGCCUCUGCUUUAUAUCUAUGUCGGUCUUGGCUGUGACCCAAAGCAACAGUCAUGGCACCCAAAAAGAACAAGUCAGCCAAGAAGAACAAAGGAGACAUAAAUGAGAUGACCAUUAUGGUGGAGGACAGCCCAAUCAACAAAAUCAACGGGCUGAACACGCUCCUCGAGGGUGGAAAUGGCUUCAGUUGCAUCUCCACAGAAGUCAAUGACGCCGCCUAUGCUCCUAACCUCCUGGAGGGGUUGAGCAACAUGAGACAGGACAACUUCCUGUGCGACUUAACCGUAGAAACUAAAUCCAAAUCUUUCGAUGUCCACAAAGUUGUCAUGGCCUCUUGCAGUGAGUACAUUCAGAGCAUGCUGAAAAAAGAUCCCACACUUCAAAAGAUUGACCUCCCUGAUCUGUCACCAGUUGGCUUGGCCACAGCAAUCACCUAUGCUUACUCUGGAAAACUCACCAUGUCUCUGUACACCAUCGGUAGCACUAUCGCAGCUGCCCUCUUCCUGAAGAUAAACACCCUCGUGAAGAUGUGCAGUGAUUUCCUGAUGCAGGAGAUCAGCGUGGAGAACUGCAUGUAUGUGGCCAACAUCGCAGACACCUACGACCUGAAAGAGACCAAGAAGGCGGCGCAGAAGUUCAUGCGGGGGAAUUUCAUUGAGUUCUCGGAGAUGGAGCAAUUCCUAAAACUCACGUACGAGCAGAUCAGCGACUUCCUCCAGGACGAUUCCCUCCAGCUGCCCUCGGAGCUCACUGCUUUCCAGAUCGCCAUGAAGUGGCUGGACUUUGACGAGAAGAGGCUGAAGUACGCUCCUGACCUUCUCACCCACAUCCGCUUCGGCACCAUCGCGGCCACUGACCUGGUCAGCCACGUCCAGAGCGUGCCGAGGAUGAUGCAGGACCCCGAGUGCCACCGUCUGCUGGUCGACGCCAUGAACUACCACCUGCUGCCCUAUCAGCAGAACAUCCUGCAGUCCCGGAGGACCAAGGUGCGUGGCGGACUCAAGGUGUUGCUGACGGUGGGAGGCAGGCCUGCCCUGACUGAAAAGUCUCUCAGUAAGGAGGUGCUCUACAGAGAUGAAGACAAUGUGUGGAACAAACUGACAGACAUGCCUGCAAAGAGCUUCAAUCAGUGCGUGGCUGUUCUGGAUGGCUUUCUGUAUGUCGCCGGUGGAGAAGACCAGAAUGAUGCAAGGAACCAGGCUAAGCAUGCUGUCAGCAACUUCUGCAGGUACGAUCCACGAUUCAAUACUUGGAUCCAUUUGACCAGCAUGAUCCAGAGGCGCACCCAUUUCAGCCUUAACAUCUUUAAUGGCCUCUUGUUUGCUGUGGGUGGACGCAAUGCAGAGGGUUGCCAGGCGUCCGUAGAAUGCUAUGUGCCAUCUUCCAACCAGUGGCAGAUGAAGGCACCCAUGGAGGUGGCCCGGUGCUGCCAUGCCAGCACAGUCGUUGAUGGCAAGAUCUUGGUCACCGGCGGUUACAUCAACAACGCCUAUUCCCGAGCUGUGUGUGCAUAUGACCCCUCCACCGAUAGCUGGUCGGAUAAAAACAGCUUGAGCACCCCGAGAGGCUGGCAUUCCGCCGCCACCGUCGGCGACCGUGCCUAUGUCAUUGGCGGCAGCCAGCUUGGCGGUCGUGGCGAGAGGGUUGACGUCCUGGCGGUCGAGUGCUUCAAUCCCCACUCCGGGCAGUGGAGCUACUGCACUCCCUUGCACACGGGUGUCAGCACAGCAGGCGCCGCCACGCUGAACGACAAGAUCUAUCUCAUGGGAGGCUGGAACGAGAUUGAGAAGAAGUACAAGAAGUGCAUACAGGUGUUCAACCCAGACCUUAAUGAAUGGAUUGAGGAUGAUGAGUUGCCAGAGGCAACCGUCGGUAUCUCAUGCUGUGCUGUUACCAUCCCCACACGCAAAACACGAGAAUCCAGAGCCAGUUCAGUAUCAUCUGCACCAGUCAGUAUAUAGGUUGAGUUGACCGUGUUGGGGUACUUGGAGCAUAAUUAAUUUAUUAGCAUACUUCAAAUGAGACACAAUAAUUUAGUCCUGUCCUGUGUGAUACAUGUUCAUUCAUUCAAAUUUUCAGUUCAAGUUUUGUAUUAGGAUUUGUCUAGAGGAUGCAAAUGUACAUACUAUGCUGUUUGUACAGUUUACACAUCAAAUAUUUCAUUCUAAAACACAUGAAUGGAAUUUGAGAUGACUAAUUGUCACUUGUUUCGCAUACAAUUGUUUUUUUUUUUUUUUUUUUUGUGAAGUUACAAACCUCUCUCAAGGUCAAUAUUGAAAAUAAAACACUGCCAAGAUAUUUGAUUAAAAGAAUUAAAAGUUAAAUCACAGAAAAAUAUAAAAUAAGUAAUAAUAAUAUACAUAUAGUAUACAUACAAGUUUUGCAAUUCUCAGUCUUGUAUCUUUAUGGGGCCAAUUCUAGAAAGCUAAUUUCAGUUAUAAGUUACAGUUAUAAGUAUAUUUAUUUUGAAAAUCCUGUAAUCUGCAUAUGAUAAUUAAAAAAAAUAAUUUGGCCUAAUACAACUUAACAAUUAACAAUCCAUCAGAUUUUAAGAGUUGUGAAAUUACCGGUAAAUGAAAAUCAGAUGCUUUUAUUUAUUAUCCCCCAUAGAAUGUGUAGCUGAAAGAAAGGACUAGUUUGUAUCAUGUACCAUAAGACUACAGUUUCUGUCCAUGAUCUGGGUGAACACAGAUUUGUUUGUGGUUAGUCUUUAAACUAUAAGAUUGAUGUGAGGUUUAAAACAGACAAUCAUGGAUGGCCAGAGGUGCUUGCAGAGGAGUUGGUAAGUGAUCAGUUUUUGAUUGUUCUGUGCAUCAAUCUGUACACCAAUUAAAACACUGUUUUUGGCUCCUGAGGAUGCUACAGCUGGUCUUAGGGAAACCAAGUGGUUCCAAGACUAAAGAAAGUAUGGCUGUUGAGUGUUGUCAUGAUGACAGUUGUUUGGGGACAAUGAAGGUUUGUGACGAUGAUGUUAACUUUUGUUUUGUAAAAAGAGGAGACUUGAAUUGGCACUGGGGGACUGAAGCUUGUGCCUGAACUGCCCAGGGGAUGAGUAAAUGGCACAUUUGCCUCUGUGAAUUUCCCAACAGUUCACGUUAUUUAAGUGUUCUUAGAAGUUGAUAUAACAAUGUGCCAGAACAAGAUGUUUAAACAACUUUACACAACGUGAAGGGUCAGAAUAUAUGACAGGUUAUUGAAAGCUGUUCCUGACCCAGCCCUCCCCUAGAAAACAACACCUUUAAUAAAGAUUCCUAUAAAACUGUCAA